CUACUGCAGCGAUCACUAGACUUCCCAAAAAGUGAUGCCAUGAAGACAAUGGAGCUUGUUUUUCUGCUCAUCUUCUUUCCUGUCACACUUUCAGUGAAACACUCGCUGAAGUUUUUUGCCACAAUAUCCUCUGGAGUCAAAAACUUCCCAGAUUAUGUGGUUGUUGGGUUGGUUGAUGAAGUUCCAGCAGGUUACUGUGACAGCAUCAGUAAGAAAGGAGAAGCCAAACAGGACUGGUCACAAAAAAUGUUUGAAGAUGAUCCACAGCACUUGGAGUUGUACACUCAGAGGUGUUUAUUAAACCAAUAUGAAUACAAAGCUCACAUUGACAUUUUGAAGCAGCAACUGAACCAAACUGGAGGUGUCCACAUCUUCCAGAAGAUGAACGGCUGUGAAUGGGAUGAUGAGACUGGAGAGGUUAAUGGGUUUGUUCAGUUUGGUUAUGAUGGAGAAGACUUCAUAGCAUUUGACCUGAAGACACUGACAUGGAUCGCUCCAAAACCACAAGCUGUCAUCACCAAACACAAGUGGGACAGAGAUAGAGCUCUCAAUGAAUGGUGGAACUACUUCCUCACCCAGCAGUGCCCUGAGUUAGUGAAGAGAUAUUUGGACCUUGGGAAGAGCUCUCUGCUGAGAACAGACCUUCCCUCAGUGUCUCUCCUCCAGAAGACUCCCUCCUCUCCAGUCAGCUGCCACGCUACAGGUUUCCACCCUCACAGAGCCAUGAUGUUCUGGAGGAAAGAUGGAGAGGAGCUUCAUGAGGACGUGGAACACGGAGAGAUCCUCCCCAACCAUGAUGGAUCCUUCCAGAUGAGUGUUGACCUGAACCUUUCAUCAGUCACACCUGAAGACUGGAGGAGAUACGAAUGUGUGUUUCAUCUCUCUGGUGUGAAGGACGACAUCGUCACCAAACUGGACAAAGCAGUGAUCAGAACCAACUGGGUUUCUCCCUCAGAGUUCCCUGCUGGUCCUGUUAUUGGAGGUGUUGUAGGACUGCUGCUGCUCCUGGCAGUCUGCAUCACUGGAGUCUUCAUCUGGAGAAGGAGAGAUAAUGGAUUCAGGCCUGCAAACUCUUCAGACUCGUCAUCCUCUGAUCCAUCUUCAGUCAAAGAUGCAGCUCUUAACUGAUCACAGAGUAACAACAUCUGGAGAGAACUGAUGCUGCUGUCCAGCUGUUUCCUCAAACCUUUGGUGGAGAUGAAUCACUGCAGCAGCUACCAGACACCAAAGAGCCACAACGUUACUCCAGUGGGGCAUCUUUUGUCUUCAGAUAUCAAAUUCAUAUCAGUUAGUCAUGUGAUGUACUGUCUUUGAUGAUGAUGGGAGACAUGCAGCACUUUAACCUCUGCUUCUAACGCUGGAGUCAAACCUAAAACUUUAAAUGUUCAACUACUCAUGCUUUCACUAACAAUUAGUUUGACAGUUUGCAUUUUAGAAACACUAAUGAAGAUUCUGCACUAGGCCACGAUUGAAAAAACACAGUUUUUGUUUC